CGGUCAGGGGUGGGUGGAUGUUUCCGAGGGCCAGCAAACGUUGCUGUCGAGCUGCGGGGAGGGAGAAUCUAGCCAACGCUGGCGGACGUAGGCCGGUCGUCAGCCUAGAGGUGGUAGUUUGCGCUUCGCGGAUGGAAAAGCGGACGGGCGCGAAUGCUAAUGAGCCUCGGUUUACGGUGAGCGAAAUGGACGGAAUGGGGAGGGUUGGGGCGAGGAUACAAGCGAGAGGAGGAAGGUAGAUUAAGGGAGAGACACAGAGGGGUUGGCAAACAGAUAGGGAUGGAAAGAGGAACGGAGAAAUCUGUAGGCGUGGCAGGACCGCCCGCGGGAGCGUCGAUUGGUCGGCGUCCGAAUGGCGUCCUGUGGGACGCGUGGCGUCGAGACGCCGAGCGCUGCGUACUCCGACGGUCGCUUGCGUGCAACCCCCUUCGGCGGUAUCGGCCUCGACGACGUGGUCGACGCGAGCCGCGUCGUCGCGCGAGUCUUCUCCGCGAGGAUGGAGCAGCUCGCCCAGUUCGUCUCCAAGAGCUUCGACAACGCGAGCCUGCAAGGCGGCGAGCACGCCUGCAAGACCUCCGAUCGGCCACCAUCCGCGAGGAUCACCCUCAGUGUCGCGCACCUCCUCGGAGACCCGGCGGAGAAUGAUAGCAAUGUGGGGACGACGACGCGCGAGUCCAGUCAGGAGCCGUCUAGCGUGGACGUCAGCGGCGUCGAGGAGCCGCCGUCGCCGGAAGGUCGCCUCCAGCCGGAGGACCUGUCCGUCGCGACGAAGACCAAGGAGGUCAAGGACGCUGGCAGCAACGUCGAGAGCCUUCCACCUUUUAAGACCCCGGAGCUGAAGCUCUCUGUGAGGAAACUGCUAGGUUGCAGCCCUUCGCCGCCACCGAUAUCGAGGGAUCGUUCACCCAGUCCUGAGAGCUGCCUCGAGCUGAAGGCUCAGAGCGCUGGCGACGCCAAAACGCCGACGGACCUCAAGCUACCGUCGCAGGUCUCCAGGUCGUUGAUUCCUGGACAGGAGGAAGCUAAAGGUUCCAAUUGCCGCAACAGCGGGAACGGGAACGGCAAGCAGAGAAGAUCGAGGACGAACUUCACGUUGGAACAGCUGGCAGAGUUGGAAAGGCUGUUCGACGAGACGCAUUACCCUGACGCGUUCAUGAGGGAAGAACUCAGCCAGAGACUCGGGCUGAGCGAGGCGAGGGUUCAAGUUUGGUUUCAGAAUCGACGGGCGAAGUGUCGCAAACACGAAAGUCAAUUGCACAAAGGGGUAGCAGGUGGACUGGUGCUGGCACCACGUAGCCCUCCAACCAGCUUGGAGCCUUGUCGAGUGGCGCCCUACCUGCCAGCGUUGAGGUUGCACCCCCCGAUGCAGGGUGCUGGAGGAAACGUCGCCGCGGCAGCAGGCUCUGCCUUCGACCCAGCGGUCCUCCAUUACGCGGCAGCUGGUGGUCUCUUCUGUCUACCACCUCCGCCGCCUCCGCCAACCUCUAGCCAUCCGCACCCUCAUCCCCUGAGCCUGGCGGCCUCUCUGGCCGCCGCUGCGGCUCGUUCCAAGAACAGCAGCAUCGCGGACCUCAGGCUGAAGGCCAGACGACAUCAAGAGGCGUUGGGGCUCGACAGGCCAGCGUAAGGGAGACUAACCGAGACCAAGAAGACCUCGGAUACUACUCCGAAUGCCAAGUCCAGACUCUUUGACUUUACCAGACGCGAUUAGGGUCGUUGUGUUGCGCGGCGGUGAGUAUGAACACUUUGGGGAUCUUCGUUUUCUUCUUCUUCGUUGCGGAGAACGUUUUGUUAUUUAUCGAUUGUCCCAGGCGCGUAGUUUCGAAGAAGUUGAAGUGACCUAGAAAGAAUAAGAGUCUCGUGAGAAGUAGAACUGAUUUUUGAUUCACCGCCGUUGCAGGAACCAUGGUUGGAUUUAACGCUGGUAAUAACAAUCUGGCCUUUCGGUUGUCGAGUGUUUUUAAUGUUAUUUAGAUAAAAGACUGUAAAUGUUUCAAUUGAAUUACCAUGGAAUUCUUUUACGUUGUACCUUCACAUUUGGUGCUUCGCCUUCUGGUUACUAUUUUUGAACGCCACGGAUAACAUUAAAGACACUCGCCAACGAGACGGUUUUAUCAGCGCGUACGGAUAUUCGUUUCCGUGAAGUACAAACGGUGACUCGAUGUGUAUAAAGUGAACAAUUUCGAGAGACGUGUGUAUUAUAUAUAAUAUGUUAUAUACUAAAUAGUCGAGGGUCGUUAGUAGUUGGGCUUCAAACUUGCAAGUCCUCGAGACACAAACGCGAACGAUUUCGGCUGGGCAGACCUCGCGAGAACGGUCGACCAAACAAGAAAAUGAAACACUGAAAUUUGGAUAAUCGUCCGGCAGGCGUGAAAGUCGAUAAAACUUCUGGGUAGAUGAAAAAUGAACAUUGUGCGGGCGCAACGGUGUCGUGGGGCUGUACUUGACUACACGAUUGUCAUUUCUGUAUACUAUUAGCUUUAAAAUAUAUAAACUUGAAUCUCCAACGGACACUGGUUCAUUUAUUGCAGCUACCCUUAGAGGAAAAGAGUUGAACGCUUUCCUUAGCUUAAUACUAUUCUCGCAAACCCGAUUAUUCUAUGUUCAUACAAGACUAGCGCAGUUUUAACCCUUUGCACUCGAGGCCUUUUUUCUGGUAUCUGCCAGGAACUCGAGA